AUCUUAAUGGAUAUUACAACCACUUGCUCAUAUCGAUCCAAUAUUUCUCAAAUAGCGAGUCAUUCCAUGUAGAGGUGUACAAUUGUGUAGAAAACCUUGCAGAUAAGGUUUGGGCUGUAUCUGACUCUAACUUAGAAAAGAAAUAAAUAGACACAUGAAUGAAUGAAAGACAAGACAUGAAAAUAAUUUGAUCUCUAAGUCUAACAAUAAUUAAAAAGAGACAAGUUAAUUUGAUCUCUUUUUUCUAUAUAAAGCAUUAUCUUUUUAGAUUAAUUAAUAACCAACCAAAAACUCAUUCUCCAAGAGAAACCUGAGAGCACUAAACACAACAAUAAUGAUGCAUGCUCUCUGUUUCUUAGUAUUCCUUGCUGCAAUAAAUGGAAUACAAGCAGUUGAAUACAGUGUAACCAACUCUGCUCUCUCUACACGUUUCCGUGACCAAAUAGGAACACAAUACGCCACACAAAAACUAGAUUCCGCCACCCAAUUCAUAUGGAACAUUUUUCAACAGAACAACCCUGCCGACAGAAGACACGUGCAGAAAGUGGGUUUACUCAUCGAAAACUUUGAUAAUCCUAUUGCAUAUACAAAUACAAACACGGAAGAGAUUCAUGUGAGUGGAAGUUAUGUUAAUAGCUACAAAGGUGAUGUUAGAAAUGAAAUCACAGGUGUAUUGUAUCAUGAAAUGACACACGUGUGGCAGUGGUUUGGGAGAUAUGGUGUACCUCGUGUUCCCGUUGGAUUAACUGAAGGGAUAGCAGAUUAUGUGAGAUUAAAAGCUAAUUAUAUACCUAGUCAUUGGGUAAAACCGGGGGAAGGUCAAAAAUGGGACCAAGGUUAUGAUGUUACAGCUCGGUUUUUGGAUUAUUGUGAUGGUUUAAGAAGUGGGUUUGUAGCAGAGUUGAAUAAGAUGAUAAGGAAUGGUUACAGUGAUCAACUCUUUCUUCAGUUGUUGGGAAAGACGGUUGAUCAGCUGUGGACAGAUUAUAAGGCCAAAUAUGGCAAUAUAGCUUAAGUAAGUAACGGGAUAAAUAAAUUAUAACAAUAAACGACUUUGUCGAUAUAUCUUUCUCUCUGCUUAAGGUUGUCUAUCAUAUUCUAAAGAUUCACCAUCCAGUUACUGUUACCAACUUAACGGAUACAUUAUAUGUUAUCUAUAUUUAUAUGUUUGAAUGUUUAUGUGUUAAUGUAUUAGUAUUAUUAA